CUGGACGUCUCACAACACGCACCAGUUUGAAGGUCAAUCUCUCGCUCCCCUACUAAAUUAGGCCAUAAAUGCACCACUAGAGGCACGAAUAUGGAAAUGUCAUUGCAGUAGUAGUGGUAUGAGAUGGAGGCUCUCUACUCGUGUUAGCUUGAACCAAUUAGAAUUGCUUUCCACAUCUGGCAGUUGACAUUUAUUUUGGCUACUUAAAAAUUAUAUUGAACAUGCCAUUACGCGACAAGGUUUUAAAAGAAAUAAUUUUAACGGAGGAGUCUUAUCUCAAGCAGCUUCACACGCUGGAUAAAUUCUUUGCAAGGCCUUGUUUGGAGAAAGGUCUCUUGCCUGAAGGCAUCCAUGCAGCCAUAUUUGGUGAGCUGCCGGCUCUACGACACAUGAAUGAGGAGCUGUAUAAGGCUCUGGUGUCUGAAAAUGAAAAUGUGGGUUCUGCCUUCCUUCACCUUGCCCCUUUUUUAAAGGUGUACUCUUCUUAUGCAAAGAACUAUCAGAAGUCUAUCAAUCUUUUGCUGGAGUGGGAAAGACGGAGUGAUAAGUUAAGGUCAUGGAUCACAGUGACAGAAUCCCGACCUGAGGUUCAAACCAAGCUACCCUCGCUGCUCAUCACUCCUGUGCAACGGGUUCCACGGUACCGUCUACUGCUGGGUGAGCUGCUCAAGCGCACAUCAGAGGACCACCCACAUUAUAGUAGCAUAGCAAAGGCUGUAGAAGAGGUGGGUGAGGUAGCAGAGCACAUCAACCGUAGCAUUAGUAAAGCAGAGAACCUUCAGCGUAUGUUGAUGAUUCAGCGAGCCUUUAAGCGUAGCCAGCCUAACAUUAUUGCCCCAGGACGACACCUCCUCAAAGAGGGCAUCCUCCACAAGGUUUCCCGCAAUGGUAGCAGCUCUCAGCCACGAUUGUUUUUCCUUUUCACAGACAUACUGUUGUACACUAAGUUACCAACAGCAAAUAUUGCUAAUACCUCCACCAGCAGUUCAGGAGAUGUUUUGGAUGUGGAAUACAAACCAAAUUCACUGGAGUGCUGCUGUUUGCUUCCACUACGCCAUUGUUCUGUUGUUUCUGUGCUGGGCAAUGGUCAGCAAGGCCUCUUCAGGCUCAAGUGUGAAUCGGAAGACAUGCUGUUGUAUAGCAGUGAUAACACAGGAGGCAGCAAAUGGGUUUCUACAUUGAUAGAAGCCGUGCGAGAAGCAGUCGAUAAGAGGAAAACUUUGCGUAAGGACUCCAGCUCCAGAAAGCCUCUGCGUAGGCCAGCAUUGCGCAAGCUUACCAUUAAGGGAGAUCCAGAACAGCUAAUUGCUCUUAAGGUUACAAGUCAUCGAGAUGAGAACCGAGAAGAAGUACUUAGCCCAUCAAGAUUACCUGUACCUGAAUCCCCUAAGGUCAUGAAAGGUAAGGCGGCAUUCAAAAGAACACAUGAUUCUCCUGGUUCUCUAAUGACACAGUUGCUUCAAGCACAAGACUGUCUGACACCACCCAAGUCAUGGCUGUCACCCAGUAAGAAGCACAAGGCUACGCCAGAAAACAAGACUGAUCGAAGAAAGGCAGAAAAAUUUAAGAGCCCUUUGCCUGUACUUGACUUAAAAAAGGCAAGAGUUAACAUUCACGUGACGCAACGAACACCUUUGUCUUUUACAUGUGAUCAAUCGGGGAAAAUCCAAAAGGAGAGAGUGACUGUGGGCAGAGUUACUAGUGCUCGACCAUCAUACUCUCCUCGGUGUUCUCCUCAGUAUAAACCCUCCCCACUAGCUAGAUAAUGCUUUCAAAGCCUUGGCUCAAUGUUUUGGCAAUUUUAUAUACAGACAUGGUAGCAUACUUCAUUUUAAUUUUUAAUAUGAUGGUAUGUAUUUUAUUGUUUUAAUUUUUUAUUUAAAUAACAUGUUCAAACAGAAUCUACAUAUCUCAUUGCAUCAUGCACAGUAUAUACAUAGUACUUAAAAUGAUCUAUGUAAGUAAGCAAUAUUUUUAUAUGUAGUUCAGUACUGUAUAUGGAGUAUUAUUGUAGUGUGUGUGUGUGUGGUUACAGUAACAUGAUAAGUGUAUAUUAUCUGCACUCAUCAUGUUACAAAAAGAUACAAUACAGUAUCAAAUUACACAAUUGUUUAAAAAAUGUCUUCACAGUGUACAUGUGUAAUAUUUUAGUUUAAUAAUGUGUGUUUUGAAUUUCUCUGUACCGUAGUAGGUUUAAAGUAAUUAUAUUCUGCAUUUAUACAUAAGUUCUGUAUGAUAAAUGUGUACCAGAAGUUGUUUGUGUAAUAUGUUGUCAAACAUUUUGAUGUUAUGAGGAUAGAUGUCUCAUAUUAGUAAGAACAGUACAUUUCAUUAUGUCUAUAAGCUUUGUCUUCCUUUUGCUACUUGAAGCUGCUGCAGUUUGGUGUAAUGAAUGUAUGAACAUUAAUGCAUAAGGGUUGUUUUCCAGAAACUUUGAAAUGCAGCACGCAUCAGUGAUGACUGUAGUGUGCGAACAUUUUAGGAGAUACAUACUGUACUAUACUGUAAUAUAAAAUGAAAACAGGUGAAGCAGCUGGCUCCAUGGUCUUAUGACAAGGUAUAUUGAACUGUCAUGAAUAUCUAAAUUGAUUGACCCAAUGGGCAACCUCCAAAACAUUAUUUUAAUAUAUAUUUACAAGUGGAUGUUAAGACAAAUAGUGGGUUCAUGUAUAGCAAUGAUUGGGUCCCGAGCUGUCUUGAUAAUUGAGAGUUUACCCUAAUAGAGCACAUCUCAAUGAUUUUGAAAGGAUGAGAAGUAGGAAAAGGUGGGCUGCAGUAAGUAGUAACUGCUAAAAUUAUUAUUCCAGCAUUGUCUGAUAUGCAUUAUUCAAUACAAAUUAAAUUAUAAUUGCAUUUUGUAACACCCAGGAUAUAAAAUUCAAGCCCAUACUCUUAAAUUCUAAUAUACUAGUAAAUUACAUAAAAUGACAGCUAGGGGGAGCCUUUAUUGGGUGGCAUUUUGUUCCAGCCAAGGCUCACUUUCAUAAGUUUUCCCAAUUUGUCAGCAGUUUGACUGUCAUACCAAAAAUUCAUGAAACAGCUUUAUGCUGAAAAAUUAUAAUUGUCAAUCUAUAAAUUUAACUGAAUAACCAGACAGACUAGUUCUAUGUGUACCUUGUACUAAUACUUAAAGGAGACUUUAAAAAUAUAAGUAUGUUAAAAUUAACUAAUUUUUAUAUAAUGUAAUGCCAAAGAUGUAUGUUAUAAAUAUAACUUAUUUA